UUUCGCGUUUUCUGCACGACACGUUCUUUAGGUUAUGCGUCGUGCGAUUACUUUACAAAUGCCUCAAGGCAUUCGCGCAAUUUCAUCAACGUUUGACUUAAGCCUUUCGAAAAAUUCACAGACUGGAUGCAACAUUUUCUCCCACUUGUAAUAUGACAAUCAUAUCUUUGCACAAAUAUCUCGAGCAUUAUCAAUUGUCAAAACCGCACGAUCAGAAAUGAUGACGCUACGUUUGUUUGACUGUCAGGACUAUCCAACUCUGGAUGCUAUACCAAACAUGUACACAGAGAAUGGUGAAAUGGAAAAUUAUGAUUACCUGCGUGAAUGCAUCAAUAAUUUGGAAAGUAAAGAUUCUGGAGUCAAUGUAUCGGCUACUUCCACCAGUACCUUGGAUAUCGGCUUGCAAGGAAACAGCUUAGACGAUGUUAACUUGAGCAACAUUGAUUUUAAUUUCAUAAAAAUCGAAAACCUGCUCUUACAAAAUGUUGAGGAGUCUGAAAUUUGUGCAAAGAACAAAGAGGUAAAGCAGGAAAAGUCAGCCGAUAUCGAUAUUCCAGAUUCUAUCGGGAAUUUUGACACAGUCAGCCUGGGUUACAACACUUUCUCCAAUUUCUCCAAUAGCAAUUCCAUCAAACCAUCAAAUGAUGUAUCAACAGCUAUUAAUAACGAUGAAUCUCAUACAUUUGAUAAAGAUUUAACAGCUCAAUUCAACGGCUCAGAAACAAAGCAAACAGUGGAGUUUUAUAACUGUUCUGUCAAACCUUUUACGAAAAAAGAUAAUAAUGAUAAUAUCAAUUCUAGUACAGACAAAGAUAGCAAUUGCACAAAGCCUGUUUCAUCUGAGCUGAAGCAUGGAGUGAAAGUCGACAAUCUGGAACAGUCAGAUGUAGAUGGACAAGUACAGAAGUGCGAACAGUGUUUAAUGACAUUCAGAUACAAAAGACACCUGGAUCGCCACUUGGAAGGUCAUAAAAAGAACAACUGCCCUCAUUGCAACGGAAAAUUUGCCAGGCGGAAGCAUCUGGAGGUACACUUGUUCCGCGCACACGGAGAAAGGAUUGUCAAACAUCUGUACUUGUGCGACGUAUGUCCGAGGAGCUUUCCGAAACGCGUCCUUCUGAAUCGUCACAGAGCGAAGCACAAUUACCAAAGCGGCAAAGUAUGUUCGGAAUGCGGGGACAUGAUUAAACCAGACACAGACGAAAAGGAACACGAGGAGAACCACUGUAAGAAGAAGCAGUUCAAAUGCGAACAGUGCUCGCAAACGUUCAGUAUCGAGCAGACGUAUUUAUCUCAUAUACAGAAUCACAAUAAUCACAAGUGUCCCAACUGUGACGUUAGUUUCGCGUCGAAGAAGAAAGCUCAUGAACACUUCAAAGCGGUUCACACCCCAAAGUUGAGCGAGUCUGAAGCGACAAGCAACGAUCUACAUUAUUGUGCCAGCUGCAGGCACAGGUUUGUGAAGAAGGAUGACUACUUUCGGCAUCUGGAGUCGACGUUGCACCUCAGUAAAGUCAACAGGGACACGCCUAUAAAGGCUAUAUUUUCGUGUACGAUCUGCGCGAAGAAACUGUUCACGCAACGGGCCCUGGAUCAGCACAUCAGGCGUAUACACAAGGGCGAGAAGCGAUUCGCCUGCGACAUAUACGGAUGUACGUUUCAGUGUGCCAGACGAACGGAUCUGGAUAGGCACAAGCAUCUGCACGUGGAGGAGCGGAACGUCGUGUGCGAGCACUGCGGCAAAACGUUCACCAGCGUCAGCAUUCUCAAGGACCAUGUGCUUUACAUCCACAGCAAAGAGCGGCAGUUCAUUUGUGAGGAGUGCGGCAAGGCGUUCAAGAGGAACAGUUUACUUAAGAGACACAAACUGUCGCAUGCGCAGCACCGGCCGUUCGUCUGCAUGCAGUGCAGCACGGCGUUUAAACGUUCGCACCAUCUCACUCGUCACAUGGAGGCCUGUCACAGAAUCACGCUGGAAAAGAAAAAAAAGGUGAUGAAGCUCAUGAAGACAGAAGAUGGUAAUCUUGUGCCAGUGCCGGAGAAUCCAAAACGGUCCAAGUCUAAUAAGAUAAAAACCAAGAAAGAGCGCAAAUCAGUUGAAAAGAAAAAGGAGGAAGAUCACUCGAUCAUGAAUCCAAAUGAACAGAUUGCGAGUGUCGACUUGCAACUGCAGAGUCAGCCGUCAUCGACGAACUCUGAGGAGAACUCUGAAUGCCCGAACUUGUCGUUAGAACUUACAAAUCUGUCUGUAAUCGACUCUAUUCCGCAAGUUCUUUCGUUAGUGGAUAUCACCACGGGACAAAUGCUGACUGUGCAAGUCACUAAUCCGGAAUUGUUACCGAGCAACGAGCUCGCUGAUCAGUUCGAGACGAAUUGCAACGAGAUCUUGAAUUUGCCGGAUUAUCAGGAUAUAGAAUUUCAAAAUAGUCUUUUGAACGCGGAUCAAACGUGCUACGACAGUGCGAGUUAUUCGGAGGUUUCGUUAGAAAAUAUCGAGGACUCGGUCCCGCUUAUGAAUAACAAUUGUAAGAUAGAAGAGAUAGAGAGAUAUUUGAUACGCGAAUUUUCGCCGUUUUAUAAUCUUUAAAAAUUUGCAGAAUGAAAUAGUUGCGUACAUAUACAGUUGUGUUUGCUCAAGUUUCGCGUCUGUUGUUUUAUUCGAAUGCAAAAUCUAGACAUUGUUAUUUUGUUAAUGACAAAGAAUGUUGCGAAAUUAUACAUAAUGUGUAUAUAUAUAUUUUUCUGUAUUUAUUUUACUUCGCGAAACACGUAACUAGCACCUGAUUUUUAUUUUUAAAGAUGAACGAAUAUAUGUAUUUUUAAUAUCGUGCAUAUAUAUAUAUAUAUAUAUAUAUUUUUUCGUACGAAACAGAUUUCACUACCUCGUAAAAUAAGUGAACAUUUGAAUCGUAUUCUUAAAAAUAAAAUAACGGCACAUCGCAUGCGUAUAUAUGUAGAAAUACAAAAAUUCAUAGAUAUAUUAUCUUCGAUAUUUUUAAUGAUCGAUAGAGUUAUACGUAAAACACAUGUGAUAAUAUAAUGUGUAAUAUAUAGUUUUUACUUAAUUCUGUAAUAUAGUUAAUAUAUCACCAAGCAAUUUUACGAGAUUUCAAACACACAUUGUAUAACAUCGCCAACUGUAAAAUUUAUUUAUCAACAGUUUCUUUGUACAAAUACAGAUGUUAUAUGUGAUGUAUAUAUAUGUAUACACAACCGAGUGCAGUAACGUUGUCCACUGAUGAUAAAUAACACGUUAAAACAUAUCAGCUUAUGAUAUGUAGAUUUAUAUUCUCCAUAAAAUAAAACUUCUGUGAACCAUAUGCCGUAUAAUCAUAUUAAUAUAUAAUAAUUACUUGUAUAUAAUUAUCAUAUAUAUAUAAUAUGCAGAAUCA